AAUCACGCCAAGCCAACUAGGAAACAAAUAGUCAUUGUAGAAUCAGCCAUGCGGACCCGUUCUAUGAUUCUGCAAAAAUCUCUGAAUAUUGGAACUUUUAUCAUUCAAAUUUGAAAAAUCUUUUCUUUUCAUAAACCAUUCAUAUUCACUCCGAGCAACAAAGCUGAGUAUCUCACAAAAUCUUGCCCAAAUGGAAAGAAAUUAUUUAUGGGUAGUCUUCACUACAUCCCUUUUCCUCCUAAACAUGAGUUAUUGUGUGGAGGAUGAGGUGAAGGGAACUUUGGUACAGUUUCUGGCACUACUCUCCAGCAGUGAUGGCCAGCAAAACUCCACUUUGGUUUGGAAACAAGACUCUGAUCCGUGCAAGGACCUCUGGCAAGGUGUAUAUUGUGAUGCUCAAAACAUGUCUAUAAAGAGGUUGUUACUUGACAGGUUCAAUUUGUCUGGAACUCUUGACGUUGCUAUGCUUUGCAACUUGCAGCCUCUAGCUGCAUCUCUCACUUUCCUUAGUCUUGAUGGCAACCAAAUUAGUGGAGAGAUAGCAGCAGGGAUUGGAAACUGCAAACAACUCACUCGGUUACACUUAAGAGGGAACAAACUUACUGGGGAGCUUCCUACUUCACUCACCAUGUUGAAUAAUUUGAAAAGACUAGACAUUUCGAGCAAUGAGUUUUCGGGACCUUUGCCAGACUUGUCCACAAUCUCAGGACUGAACAUGUUCCUAGCACAAAACAAUCAUCUCGGUGGAAACAUACCCGCAUUUGAUUUCUCCAAUUUUGAUCAAUUUAAUGUCUCUUUUAACAAUUUCAGCGGCUCCAUUCCAAAUGUGCAUGGCUAUUUCUUUGCUGAUAGCUUCCUCGGUAAUCCUGAACUCUGUGGAGAUCCACUACCAAAAAAGUGUUCUGCUCUACCCAUGCCUCUCUCCCAGGCUCAGGCAUCAGAAGAAUCAAAAGGUCCUUCAAAAGAGCAGAUUCUUAUGUACUCAGGCUAUGCUGUAUUGGGUUUUGUUAUUAUCCUUAUUGUAUUCAUAAAACUGUGUAGAAGAAAGAAAAGAGAUCAUAAAAUUGAAGCAUUGAAUGGGGUAGUGGCAAGUGAUGGUGGUGUUGAAAAGACUAGCAAUGUUUCCAGCGAAUACAAAGCUGAGGUAAGCAGAUCUGAGUUUUCAGUCACUUCCGAGAGUGGGAUGGUUUCACAAUCACUUAUAGUUCUUUCAAGGCCAACGGCUAAUGAAUUGAAAUUGGAGGACUUGUUGAGGGCCCCUGCAGAGUUGAUUGGUAGAGGAAAGAAUGGAAGUCUUUAUAAGGUGAUGGUUGAAAAGGGGGUGAUGGUGGUUGUAAAAAGGAUCAAGGAUUGGAGUAUUUCAAGCCAUGAAUUCAAGCAAAGAAUGCACAUACUGACUCAAGUGAAGCACCCUCAUGUACUGUCACCUCUUGCUUUCUAUUGUUCCAAACAAGAGAAGCUUUUGGUCUAUGAAUAUCAGCACAAUGGAAGUUUAUUUAAGCUUCUACAUGGUACUCCAAAAACCUUGGACUGGACCAGCAGACUUGGGAUUGCAGCUACAAUUGCUGAGGCAUUAGCUUUCAUGCAUCAAGAGCAAGGCCAACAUGGUAUAGGUCACGGUAAUAUGAAAUCCUCCAACAUUUUGCUAAACAAGAACAUGGAGCCAUGUAUAAGUGAAUAUGGUGUAAUGGGUAUUGAUGAUCAACAAAUUUCACCUUUUUCCAGUCCUAUUGUUGCUGGUGCGUUUGAUGCCUUAAAGGGAGAUGUUUAUGGCUUUGGUGUUAUUCUUCUUGAAUUGCUUACUGGAAAACUGGUGAAGAGCAAUGGGAUUGAUUUGACUGAUUGGGUCCAGUCCGUUGUAAAGGAAGAAUGGACGGGUGAAGUCUUUGACAAGUUCCUAAUAUCUGAGUAUGCAAGUGAAGAGAGGAUGGUCAAUUUGCUUCAGGUGGCUAUAAGAUGUGUCAAUGGUUCCCCAGAGGCAAGGCCAAGCAUGAAUCAAGUUGCUCUCAUGAUUAACACAAUAAAAGAAGAUGAAGAAAAAUCCUUGAUGUAUGAACUAUGAUGCAAAGUGCUUUUACGAAAUCGUAGACAUACAACAGGAAGUGAAAAUUUUCUAUGUUCCAAGAAUUUCUGCUUUCAAAUCAUUGUCUGUAUAAUAUUGGUAUGUUUCGAU